AUGUACCCUCAUACUAUUGAUAUAGGAAAAUCUUUAGGAAAGGGUGGCUUUGGCGUGGUAAGCUUUGGAACGAGACGGGACACUGGCGACCAGCUUGCUGUUAAACAAAUCAAUCCAAUUUGGAAUGCCGAUGCCGAAACAAUUGCAUCGAUGCGAGAUACGAUCGAAAGCGAAUGCGAAGCCAGCGAAAGGCUUCAUCACAAAAACAUUGUCACUUAUUUCGGCUUCAAAAUGGAGGCAAACGAUUUUCUGCGAGGGCAAAUGAUUUACGAGUACUGUGAGCUGGAUCUUUCCAAAGAAAUCUACCCUGAAGGUCUUGCUCAGAUCACCAUUCAAUCUUACGCAAUCCAAUUGAUCGAUGCAAUCGAAUACAUGCAUUCCAGUGGCUGGGUUCAUCGAGAUAUCAAACCUGGAAAUAUCCUCCUUUCUCCAAGACGAGAUCACAGCGUUCUCAAACUAGCUGAUCUUGGCAGUGCCCUCCUCCUAGACGAAGAGACAAUCGUUGAUCGGCCAAAGGCAGAAAUCGGAAAUUGCCAUGGACGGCUGAUUGUUGGAAAGAGCAAUUUUUUCCUGGGCCAGUUUGGAGAAAAUGAUUAUGACAUAGAAAAAUGGAGAAAUCCACUGGAGCACUAUGAACAGAAAAAGGGAAAACUUGAGACUCUCUUUGGCGGUUCCGCGUUUAUUUUGUACGCUAAAAACUUCAUCAAUCGAUGCUUCGAUCACAACCCAGAAACGAGAAUCACUGCUUCCGAGCUGAAAAAUCACGCAUUUCUUGGACAGAUAGUAACUUCCUACUCGUGGUAUUGA